UUUUUCACGGGCUUCCACAAAGUGUGUGGUGACAAAGUCCUGGAGCUGUUCCAGCCCAACGAACUGCAGGCCAUGGUCAUCAGCAACACCAACUAUGACUAGAAAGAGCUUGAAAAGGUACAGAGGUCCCCAUUAGCUUGAACGCUAUCAAUUGGUCUUGGAGUUGUACAGUAAUAUAUAUAUACAGUAUAUAGGAGAGUACUGUGCUGAAAAUCCAACCAUCAAGUUCUUCUGGGAGGUGUUCCAUGAUCUCUUUUUGGAGAAUAAUAAGCAGUUUCUGUUUAAGUGUAAGUGUCUCUCCCUUUCAAAGCAUUCAGACUGUGUCAUGUCACCAUGCCAUGCUAGCAGUGGCUAUUGACGGAUUAAAUGUGUAUGCUUUUGGUUUUGAACACCUUGGCACUGAGGAAAUGUGCAUUGUCUUUUCAGGGUUUCUCACAGGAAGAGACCGCAUUCCCAUCCUGGGCAUGAAAAGCCUGAAGCUGGUGAUCCAGCCCACGGAAGGCGGCGAACACUACCUGCUUGUCGCACACACCUGCUUCAACUUAUUGGACCUGCCCAAGUACAGCAGUUGGGAGACGCUCCAAAACAAGCUUCUACAGGCCAUAGAUCACAAUCAAGGUUUCAACCUAGCCUAA